UUCUAAAUACUUUUGCCAGCUAGAGUGAAUAUAAUUUGUCAAAUUGUCAUGCAGAAAACAAAAGAGAUUAUAUAUAAAGUCAUAAACUCAGAGGAAACAAUUUUUCUCCUAUGAAAUUCUGUCUUAGCUUCUUUCUCUGCUUUUUAUGAGAUUGUCUUUUUGCUUUUUUCAUUAUCCUUAAAUUCAGUGUUUUUGGAGCUUUGAAAGGAGUCAGAAAAAAAAAAAUUAAGGCAAUGGAGAAAUUUUGUGGGCUGAGUCACCUAUACAUGACAGUAUUUUUGAGUUGUUUCUCCACAUUCAUGGUGAUUCCACCUAUGAUUGAUAUUACAUUAUCAGCCAUUUGUCCAGGCCAAGAUGAAUGUUCACUUGCUAUCUACCUCACCGGAGUUCAACAAGCGAUAGUAGGAUUGGGAUCACUAGUGAUGAUGCCAGUGCUGGGGAAUUUGUCAGACAUAUAUGGGAGAAAAGUCAUGCUUACUGUUCCUAUGACUCUUUCCAUCUUCCCUCUAGCCAUAUUGGCAUACAGCAGGACAAAAUACUAUUUCUACGCUUACUUCGUGCUAAGAACACUCAUUGCCAUGAUAUGUGAAGGAAGUGUUCAGUGUCUUGCUCUUGCCUAUGUGGCUGAUAAUGUUCCAGAAAAUCGCCGGGCCUCUGUUUUUGGAAUCCUCUCAGGAAUUGCCUCCUCUGCUUUUGUCUGUGGAAACCUCUCUGCUCGCUUCCUAUCCACUGCUUCUACUUUCCAAGUUGCAGCAGCAAUGGCAGUGAUAGCUUUAGUAUACAUGAAGAUGUUCCUCCCAGAGUCGAUAACGAAAGGUAACAUUUGCUCGAAAGAAUCAGAGACUAUUUGUCUAUUGGAAAAAGCUCCAAAGAAAGGAUUCCAAUUUUUCAAGACAUUGCCUUCUUUCAGUGACAUGCUCUGCUUGUUAAAGACCAGCUCAACAUUCUUACAUGCAGCUUUUGUUUCAUUCUUUGUCAAUGUUGCACAAGUUGGCCUUGAGGCAUCUUUACUUUAUUUCUUGAAGGCACAAUUUCACUUUAACAAAAAUCAAUUUGCUGAUUUGCUCAUAAUUUCUGGGAUAGCAGGAUCCAUAUCACAGUUACUUCUCAUGCCCAUAUUAGCUCCUGCUUUUGGAGAAGAGAAGUUGCUUUCUAUUGGCCUCUUCUUCAGUUGUCUUCAUAUGUUGAUUUACAGCAUUGCUUGGUCCUAUUGGGUCCCUUAUGCUACUGCUUUUAUCUCAAUUUUGUCUAAUUUUGCAAUGCCAUGUUUAAAGAGCAUUGCAUCUAAGCAAAUUGGGCCAAAUGAGCAGGGAAAAGUACAAGGAUGCAUCACAGGCAUCUGUUCAUUCGCAAGCGUAGUUUCUCCACUAAUUUUCAGCCCUUUAACAGCUUUAUUUCUAUCGCAAAACGCCCCCUUCCAUUUCCCAGGAUUCGGUUUAGCUUGUGCUGCCUUUGCAUCAAUGCUAGCCUUCAUUCAGAGUCUUAUGAUAAAGCCUGAUGAUUCUGUAGCCAAAUGCAGUGUAAAUGAUUCAAAUUUAGCAGAGCCAUAGCCAUGCAAUUGGAGUAAUUAACAGAUUGUAUAUCGUGUAAUUUAUUUCUACUUUGAAGCAAAAAUUUAAGUUACUUGAGCCUCUUCAUAAUAGGAUAUUAAGAAUGUGUAAAAAUGUAUGAUAAUCCAAGUUGAUAUAUUGAUGAAGGUUAUUUAUUAUGA